CCCCUGAUAAUUGAGUUCAUUCUAAACAUUUGACAGAUAUCAAUAGUGGAAACUGGAAAGCCUCUAGCAGAUGCCAUUCUCAGAAGAAAUGGCUGGUUUUGCUGCAAUAUUGCUUAUUCUUCAGUGUCUGCUUCUCUCUCAACCUUCCUAUUCACUUCCCUUAUGCACCGACUUCCGGGCACCCACAAAAAUAAAAACACCUCUAGGAUUUUGUCCUUAUGAUGGAACUACGUGCUGUGACUCAACCAAAGACUUACAACUCCAGAAACAAUUUCAAAGAAUGAACAUUUCUGAUACAACUUGUGCUUCCCUUGUGAAAUCAAUACUCUGUGCAACAUGUGAUCCUUUUGCAGCAGAAAUUUUCAAGGCUAAAGCAGGGAAUCAGCAGCAAAAAGUGCAACCCAUUCCAGGCCUUUGUAACUCGACUGAUUCAGGAGCCUCACAUUCAUCAAAACAAUCAACAAGCAGCUUCUGUUCAACUGUAUGGAACACGUGCAAAGACAUAUCUAUCUCGAAUUCGCCCUUCGCACCUUCAUUACAAGGUGGAGCACCAAUAUCGUCGAACUUGUCUACACUAGCGGAUCUUUGGCAGUCAGAAGAUACAUUCUGUGAUGUUUUUGGAAGUCCUUCAGGAAAUGAUUCUGUGUGUUUUGCUGGUGAAUCAAUCAAACUUAACAAUGAUAGUUCAGAGACUGAUGUUCCUGCGAAAGGACUGUGUUUAGAGAAGAUAGGCACUGGUAGUUAUAUCAGUAUGGCCCCUCAUCCUGAUGGGUCUAAUCGAGCCUUCUUCUCUAAUCUGCCUGGAAAAAUCUGGCUGGGAACUAUCCCUGAGCAAGACUCCGGAGAAAAACUCGACUUAGACGAAUCGGAUCCAUUUGUGGAUUUAACUGAUCAAGUCCUCUUUGAUACCAUAUUUGGAAUGCUGGGAAUUGCUUUCCACCCAGAUUUUGCUCGUAACGGGCGAUUCUUUGCUUCCUAUAACUGUGAUAGGAUAAAGUCACCUGAAUGUGUUGGAAGGUGUGCAUGUAACUCUGAUGUAGAUUGUGAUCCAUCCAAAUUUAACAGUUCAGGUAGCUCUACACCUUGCCAAUAUCAAAGCGUUAUUGCAGAGUACACGGCGAAUGGAACUGCAUCAGACCCGUCAGUGAUGCAAAGUGGCCAACCAACAGAAGUAAGACGGAUCUUCACAAUGGGUUUGCCAUCUUCAAACAAUCACGGAGGCCAAAUACUAUUUGGACCUGAAGACGGGUAUCUGUAUGUCAUGAUGGGAGAUGGCGGAGGAAGAGAUGAUCCCUAUAAAUUUUCCCAGAACAAGAAAUCCAUACUAGGGAAGAUUUUGAGGCUUGACGUAGAUACCAUUCCAAGUGAGAAAGAAAUUGGGCUUGGCCUCUGGGGUAAUUAUUCUGUACCUCGAGACAAUCCUUAUUCGGAAGACAAGGAAUUGGCACCAGAAAUCUGGGCUAUGGGGUUCAGGAAUCCUUGGCGUUGUAGCUUCGAUGCAGAAAGGCCUUCUUACUUUGUCUGUGGAGACGUUGGCCAGGAUCAAUAUGAAGAGAUUGAUGUAGUCACCAAAGGUGGAAACUACGGCUGGAAUAUAUAUGAAGGCAUCAUUCCCUCUAGUACUGGAAAUGACACAAAUACAUCCUCUUUAGCUACCCAAAAUCUUAUCUUACCAGUAGCAGGUUAUACUCAUUCAGCAAUUAACAAGAAAACUGGAUCAGCAGCAAUAUCUGGCGGAUUUUUCUAUCGCUCUGAGACUGAUCCAUGCAUGUCUGGCAGAUACCUGUACGGAGAUCUGUAUGCAAGCAACAUAUGGGCAGCUACUGAGAAUCCCAGGAAUAGCGGAAACUUCAGCACCGCAGCAAUGCCGUUCAGCUGUGGUCAAGAGUCGCCACUUGAAUGCGGUUCUGCCCCAGGAACUACACUACCAGCUCUGGGAUACAUAUAUUCAUUCGGGCAGGACAACAGGAAAGAUGUCCUCAUUCUAGCCAGCAGUGGCGUUUACAGAGUGGUUCGCCCAAGUAGAUGCAACUACACUUGCUCAAAGGAGAUUGUGAGGCCUGCCACAGGUCCAAGUCCAACUCAAUCUUCCCCUUCAAGCGGAGCUCAAUCUAUUGCAUCACUUAGAAAAUGGCUCUAUUUGUUCCUUUCCUUCUUCAUUCUUAAGUGCUUGUAGAUUUGACAAGUAAUGCAGCAUUUAACAUUGUGAGCAGUGUUUCUUUCAUAUUUAAUUAGGCAUAGAUAUAGUUACCAUGCUUUUGCUUCUUUAUGACUUGAAUAAAUUAAAAACAACAUUUUGAUA